AUGAAGGUCGCCGUAUUUAGCACAAAGCCCUACGACAAGAAGUACUUGACUGCCGUGCUCCAGGAAAAGCACGCCUCCUCCGGCAUUGAGCUCGUCUUCCACGAAUUCGCUCUCAGCGAGGACACCGUCGCCAUCGUCGAGGGCGCCGACGCCGUUUGCGUCUUUGUCAACGACACCCUCAACGACAAUGUACUAUCGGCCCUCUCCGAGUUCGGCGUAAAGGCCAUCCUGCUGCGAUGCGCCGGCUUCAACAACGUCGACCUGGACGCUGCUCAGCGCAUGCGCAUCAUGGUGGCCAACGUGCCCUCGUACUCGCCCGAAGCUGUGGCCGAGUUCGCCGUCGCUCUCAUCCAGACGCUCAAUCGCAAGACGCACCGGGCGUACAACCGCGUCCGAGAGGGCAACUUCUCGCUCGACGGUCUGCUGGGCAGAACUCUUUGCGGCAAGACGGUCGGCAUCGUCGGCGUCGGCAAGAUUGGCCUAGCCACCGCCCGCAUCAUGAAGGGCUUCGGCUGCCGUCUUCUUGCGUACGACCCCUUCCCGUCGUCUGCAUUCGAGGAGUACGGCGAGUACAGGUCUAUCGAGGAUCUCCUGCCAGAAUGCGACAUUGUCAGCUUGCACUGCCCGCUGAUGUUGAACACUCGCCACAUCAUCAACACCAAAACCCUGGCCCUGAUGAAGCCCGGCGCCAUGCUGGUCAACACCUCCCGAGGCGGCCUCAUUGACACGGAAGCCGUCAUCCACUCGCUCAAGCAAAACCACAUCGGCGGGCUUGCGCUGGACGUGUACGAGGCUGAGGGCGAGCUGUUCUACAACGACCACUCGUCGCACAUCAUCCAGGACGAUCUUCUCAUGCGUUUGAUGACCUUCCCCAACGUCGUCGUCUGUGGUCACCAGGCCUUCUUCACCGAAGAGGCACUCACCGAGAUUGCCGAGUGCACUCUCGCCAACCUCGAAGAGUUCAUGGAGCACCACACGAGCAAGAACUCGUUGACCAAGGAUCUCAAGUUGCGCCGUCGCGAUUCGCUCCCCGUACGUGCCAUCUAA